UGCCUCCCGCCCCCCCCCCCCCCGGAGCUGCGGGCGCGGGGCGGCGGCAGCGGCGGUGCCGCCAUGGCGGAGGCGGCGGUGCAGUGCCGGGUCCAGUACCUGGAGGAUGCCGACCCCUUCGGCUGCGGCAGCUUCCCGGAGCCGCGCCGAGCCCCGGUUUACGCCGUGGCGGAGGCGCUGGCCCUGGGCGCGCAGCUGCCCGCGCUGCACCGGCUGCUCGGAGCGCCGCUGCCGCUGGAGGACUGCACGCUGCAGGUCUCCCCGUCCGGCCACUACCUGGACCUCGACCUGUCCCUGCUGGAGCAGAAGGAUGACCUGGAGGGUUUCUACGAGGAGGUCAGGAAGGGCCGGCGGCCGACGCUGAUCCUGCGCACCCAGCUCUCCGUCCGCGUCCACGCCAUCAUCGAGAAGCUGUACAACUCGCAGGGGCCGGAGCUGCGGCGUUCCCUCUUCUCCCUCAAGCAGCUCUUCCAGGAGGACAAGGACCUGGUGCCCGAGUUUGUGAACCUGGAUGGGCUGACGUGCCUGAUCAAAGUGGGGGCAGAGGCUGAUCAGAACUACCAGAACUACAUCCUCCGUGCCCUGAGCCAGAUCAUGCUCUUCGUGGACGGGAUGCAGGGUGUCAUCAACCACAACGAGACCGUCCAGUGGUUGUACACGCUGUCGGGAAGCCUGUUCCGCCUGGUGGUGAAGAUGGCGCUGAAGCUGCUGCUGGUGUUCGUGGAGUACACGGAGCCCAACGCCCUGCUCCUCAUCCGCGCCGUCAACGCCGUGGACCAGGCGAGAGGCGUGUGUCCGUGGUCCAACCUGAUGGCCAUCCUGCAGCAGCGCAACGGGGCUGACACGGAGCUGCUGGUGUUCGCGAUGACGCUCAUCAACAAGACGCUGGCUGCCCUCCCGGACCAGGACUCCUUCUACGAUGUGACGGACUGCCUGGAGCAGCAGGGCAUGGAGAGGGUGGUGCAGCAGUACCUGAGCAGCAAGGGCACCGACCUCGACCUCAAGCAGCAGUUCGUGCUCUACGAAAGCGCGCUCAAGCUGGAGGAUGGGGUGGAGGAGCCGUCGCCGGGCGGGCGCAAGGAGAGGAGGAAGACAGACGAGGGCCGGCGCGGGUGGCGUGCCCAGGGCAGCUGCACCGAGCCCAGCCCCGACCCCCAGCCAGUGCUGGGGACCCCCAGCACCCCAGAGGAGCCCCCCGUUGAGAACAGCCCUGAGCCAACCAUCCCAGCAGAGCCAUGCCCAAAGAGCACCUACAACAGCACGUCCAGCCUGCGGCUGUCUCUGCCGUGCACCUCGCCCGAGAAGGAGCAGGCCCCAGGCCCUGGGGAGAGGAGCGUGUACAAGCUGCACCAACCUGCCCCUGUCUGCCCUGGAGCUGCCGUCGUCCACGAGAACCUUCCUGGUGGCUCUGAUGAUGGGGACGGUGCCCCCACGUCGCCAACACCACCCGGUGUCCAGGCAAGGCGGGAGGAUGCCCCCUCCUUGCAUGGGGACAAGCCUAUUCUGAGGAGGUUUGAAGCUCGCUUCCUGGAGAACCUGGCUGCUGCCCAGAAGGAGAAGAUCUCCGCCAUGGCCAAGGGACGGCUCGACAUCCUCAGCGAUGUUGCUCCGGAGCAUCUCGUCGCUUGGGAUGGGGACAGCAGCAACGCUGAGCCUGGCACGGAGCCACCCAGCAUGAGGUCCCAUGCGGGCCGUCAGGACACCACCGACUCCUGCAGCGCCAUCUCCUCCGAUACCAAGUUCAUGCUGGACAUGCUCUACGCUAAGGGCUCCUCAGAGAUGGGGAGGCAGAAGGUCUUCCCCGAGGGACUGUCGUCCUCCCCGUACCAGGGCAAGGAGGAGACGGGCACCAGGCAGGGCUGCGCUGAGGGACACGGUGGUCGGGAGCAGGAGAGCACCUGGCUCCAUGGCAGGGCUCCGGACGGGCCGGUGGCCAGUGCCCACGCCAAGCUGGCACGUGCCACAUCCAACAUUGAUGCCGAGACCCACACGCAGAAGCUGGAGAACACCAUGAUGAUGCCCAUCAAGAAGGACACGGAGCUGUCGUGGGAGCACCUUCAGGCCAACCCUGUGCAGCUGAAGAUCAAGGACCUGGACUUCACUGACUUGGGGGAGGAGGAAGACUUUGACAUCUUGGACACGGGGCCCAUAGCCAAUGGCUCCUUCCUUCCUCCCGGCAUCCAGGCAGCAAGCGCUGGAGUUCUCAUGGUUCCCCCUCCACCUCCCAUGGACCCCGGCUGUCCACCACCUCCCCCUCCACCUCCUAUGGUCCCUGGCUGUCCACCACCUCCCCCUCCACCUCCUAUGGUCCCCGGCUGCCCACCACCUCCACCUCCACCUCCUGUGGUCCCCGGCUGCCCACCCCCUCCAGGGCUCCCAGGCCCUUCGGCCACUGAUGGCCCUUCCCAAGCCAAGAAGAAGAGGACAGUGAAGCUCUUCUGGAAGGAGCUGAAGCAGCUAGAUGGCUCUGUGGGGCCGGGCAGGUUUGGGCAGGCGACGCUGUGGGCGUCCCUGCAGAACGUUGAGGUCAACACUGCCAAACUGGAGCAUCUCUUCGAGUCCCGGGCAAAGGAGGUGCCGGCUUCCAAGAAAGCUACCGACGGGAAGAAGGUGGUGGUGGUGCUGGACCCCAAGAGGAGCAACGCCAUCAACAUCGGCCUCACGGUGCUGCCCCCCGUCCACAUCAUCAAGACGGCCGUGCUCAGCUUCGAUGAGUUUGCCGUCAAUAAGGAAGGGAUCGAGAAAAUCCUGACCAUGGUCCCGACUGAGGAGGAGAAGCAGAAGAUCCAGGAGGCCCAGCUGGCCAACCCCGACGUGCCCUUAGGCUCUGCAGAGCAGUUCCUGCUCUCCCUGUCCUCCAUCAGCGACCUCACGGCCAGGCUCCAGCUCUGGGCCUUCAAGCUGGACUACGAGAGCCUGGAGCAGGAGAUUGCAGAGCCGCUGUUUGAUCUGAAAGUGGGCAUGGAGCAGCUGGCCAAAAAUCACACCUUCAAGUGCAUCCUGGCCACGCUGCUGGCCAUGGGCAACUUCUUGAAUGGCUCCCAGAGCAGAGGCUUUGAGCUGGGCUAUCUGGAGAAGGUCUCGGAAGUGAAGGACACGGUGCACCGGCAGUCCCUGCUCCACCACCUCUGCCAGAUGGUGGUGGAGAAGUUCCCAGAAACCACGGACCUCUACUCGGAGAUCGCCUCCAUCACGCGCUCCGCCAAGGUUGACUUUGACGAGCUGGCCAACAGCCUGGUGCAGCUGGAGCGGCGCUGCCGGGCCUCCUGGGACAACCUGAAGGUGAUCGCCAAGCACGAGACCAAGCCGGUGCUGAAGAGCAAGCUGACGGACUUCCUCAAGGACAGCACCCAACGCAUCGUCGUCCUGAAGGUGGUCCACAGGCGCGUCCUCAACAGGUUUCACUCCUUCCUGCUGUACCUGGGGUACCCGGCCAGCGCCGUGCGGGACGUGAAGGUGAUGCCCAUCUGCAAGCUGCUGCGGGAGUUCGCCCUGGAGUACCGCACCUGCCGGGAGCGCGUCCUGCAGCAGCAGAAGAAGCGCGCCGCCCACCGGGAGCGCAACAAGACCCGCGGGCGGCUCAUCACCGAGACCGAGAAGUUCUCCGGCAUCGCCGAGGCCACCGCACCGCCUGCUGUGGUGUCGGCCAGCCCCGAGCAGCAGGAGCAGGCGGAGGUGGGCCAUGAGAGCAUGAAGAGCGUCCUGAGCUUGCCCACGGACGUCCCUGCCCGACGCAGCCGGGCCAGCCGGGGGACAGGGCAUGUCACCCCAAGCCAAGGCUCCCCGGCCCAGGAGGACGUCCCCAGCUCGCCCGACGACGCCUCGGACGAGAUCAUGGACCGCCUGGUGAAGUCGGUGACGCAGAGCGCCAACCCCCGGCCCUGCGCCAACAAGGAGCGCAGGAGGUCCCGCGGCAACAGGAAGUCCCUGCGACGGACGCUGAAGAGCGGGCUGAGCGAGGACCUGGUGCAGGCGCUGGGCCUGGGGCGGGCGCCGGGCAUGGAGGUGUGACCUGACCACCCCUGCAACCCGGGGGGGCCCUGCCACCCGCACCCCGCGGGGAAGGACGCGGGAGGGACACUGGCACGCUCAGCACCCUUGGUCUGGCGGUCGGCUCCGGAACAGGAUGGGAGCGAUGCCGUGAGGCUGCUCCGGGGGGGGCAGGAUGGAGGACGGGGAGAGUGCGAGUCGUGGAGGGCUCCGAGCAGUAUGAGGCGAGAGGGCCCCGGCCCCGGCCCUGGCCCGGACCCCCUCUGGGAACGGGGAUGGCCAGCGGCUGCUGUGGCAAUAAAGUGUUGUGACAUGUG